UUUCUCCAAUAAUCUAACUUUCCAAAUUUAAUUUUAUUUUUCAUUCAAAUAUUUUUUUUUUUCACUUCAAAUAAAAUAGACUCCGCUGCUUUUUUUGUAGCGUGCAAAAAAUGCAACGCAUUUAUACUACCACUUUUGUGCCGAAAUUUUGCAAUGGCCAAUGGGUAUGGAAUGCAAACCAGGAACGUAUUGAAUUUGAAGACACCAAAGAUGCCGAAUUGGUUAAGGAGGACUAUGUGAAUACGUGUGGCUUCAACUUCAGCAAGACGGUCAAUCAACUGGAGGAACUGAUAUUUCGCCAGGAAUUUCAACGUUCCGAUCUUACGCACGAUGCCGAUGUCAUACUCGUGCAGGACAUAAAAAAUAUCGUGCUCUUCCUGGCACCCUCCGAAAUCAUCACGACAGAUUUCAUACAUUUCUUGCACACUUUCACCGUCGAUCGUUUCCUUCGUGCACUCAUCAUCUACUUCGAGUACUAUUUGAAAAUGGUCGAGUUUGUGUUGAUACGACGCGAUGAGAUCGCCGGCGAAAAGGCGCAAAUACAAAGUGAAGACACGAACGAGAUUAAGCGCGUCUACUCGACACAUCUCAUACAGCAUCGUCUGCUGUUGGCACGUGAAUAUAGCACCAUAAUAAUGGGUGACGGCGAGAUGAAGGGCUUCUAUCACAUUACGCCCAUUGUCAAUAUUUCACAUUCCAUUAAGGACAAGCGCUUUCAUGAAGCCUUUUUGGCGUUCUCCACACAAGUGGUGUGGAUUGCUAUGCAUCGGCGCGCCUAUGACUACAUCGAUAUGGAAAUGUAUCGGCUCUUUCGUUCCGAGCACUUCAAGCUGAAGCGCUAUGCGCACAUUAAUUUCACGCAAGCGGAGACCAGCAUGCUCUACGGCAAGAACUAUAAGCGUCGUAAUUAUCGUGCACAAAAUUCACCACUCAUUCAGGAAUUGGCCAAUGUAUCGACGGAGAAUUUGCCCAUCUUGUGGAUUGGUGAGCGCAAGUACCGCGGCACCGAUUUGCGCAUACAUCAGCUGGAGUUGGAGUACAUUGUGCCGGAUAGUCAGUUGACCUUAAUCGAUGUGUGUCACGGCAUACUCGGACAUCCCAAGAAAAUCUACGAUACCGUUUUGACCAUCAAUUGGGAAGCGGUGCGUUUUCAAAACUAUUCAGAGAUCUACGAUCCAUAUCAAUUGGUGCGCCAGCCGGCACUCAAGAUACCCAAUGUCGAUGAGGAGAAAAUGCGCAAAUAUGCGCAGAAAUUUGAUACCUACUAUCACGUCCGCAUGCAAUACGAACGUGUGAGUAAAGCGUUAAUAGAUAAAUGGUGUAGACGCGAUGCCGUAAUCGAGUGCUUUACGGAGGACAUGAUAACCAGCAUUAUAACGAAGUGUGAAAAGGAGCUGCAGAGAUACUCCUAUGGGCCGAGUGUAGAAGAGAUAACGAACAAAUUUUUGACACGAAAGAAAUUACUGAGAAAGCUGUAAGAGCGGGAGUAAGCAGAAAAGAGAAAAAGAAAGAGCAACAAAAAGAAGGACAGAAACACGGAGAAAGAAAUAAGGAAGGAGAAAAAAAGAAGGAAGGCGAAAAAAAAGAAGACCGACGAACGGCGAGGGUAAAGAAGGAUAUGUAUUUCAGCAAAUGUGCCAGGGGCACAGUAAAGCGACAACGAGGCGCAAACGAGACAAGGCAAGGAAGAGAGAAAACAACAAAAACAAACAAACGAAAACAUUUGAGGCAAAAAAUCCGCAGACAGCAGGUGCAACCUGAUGUGUUUCCUCCCCAAAAAGGCAGACAAUUAUUUUCUUUCCUACGCAGCGCAGCACCAGAUCCACAAGCACUCUCACCACUCGGCUGGCUAUAUUUACACGCACACUCCCUUUGUGUGUAGAUACAAUCCAUAUUUACAUGCGUUUGUAUGCGCUUUGUGUGUACCUUUAGCUAAAUUUCUUCAGCACUUACGACUGAUGGCCCCAGUGGAUUGUCGAACGCACACCCAACUUGUUAUUUGCACGCACAAACUGCAUGAUCCUUAAAUGUCCUGUUUCGUCCCUUUUCUAUGGAAUACAUUUAAUCCGUUUGGCUGUGCGCGCAUAUCGCCUCCUUAAAGGCAUUUUAAAAGAAGCACACAAGCACAAAGAAGGACUGUUGUCCUGCGUUUCAAAUCCAUUGUCUUGCUACACAAACCUAUGCUGCGUUCAAGUGUGUGCGAGUGUGUGUGAGCAUGUACAUGCUAUGCUGUGCCCGAACUUGCUGUUGCUUCAAGGGCAACACAUGUGCCAAAGUGAAUUAUUUAAUGAUCUUCGUGUCUACAGCAUUUUAAGG